AUGGAUUCCGACCAGUGUACCCCUAGCCGCCCCCCCCCCAUCCUAAAUCACUUCGCCACACCUCCAGUGCGUAUUGGGAUCCAUAGUGCUCAGUUCCAAUUACCGAGCAGCCACAAAUCGGAGUACCAGACUUUUGUUGUUCCAUACACUGGGUGUUCCAAGAUCAAGAGUGUAUGUCCAACCGUCGAACGAGUCGAGUCGAGUGACGUAACCAAAGACAGCUCCUUAUCACGUCGCAUGUGUGAACAGUCGCGCCGUCACUUUGCAAGAUCCCAUCCUCCUAUCUGCGCAUGCCAGCUCGCACAAAUAAGUGUUACGUCGUCAGAAUGGCCAUAUUACGGUCAUGGAGACCAUUAG